AUGAACAAAAACGGAACAGCUAAAAUGAAUGAUAAUCAAAUAAGAGCCGAAGGUAGAAGGUUAUUUAAACGCUUCUAUAACAUUCCUGAUGGUGUUAAUCCUAAAACUCGUAGAAGUUAUUUAAAUGAAGCCAUAGAUGCAUAUGAAGGAUUUGACAUUUCAUCAGAAAGUGAGAGGUUAGCAAGAAUGUUAAACGUUAAUAUUGAUUUUUAUUAUUGUGACCCUCAACCAGAAGACGUAGACAUAAAUAAGGUAGACUUUCCAUUAGUGGAAUCAAUAAUGAUAGAUCCAGAAUUUGAAACAGUAAAUAUUUUAUUAACACAGAGUCCAUGUGGAAAACUUCACGCUGACAGAAUUACAGACGUUGAAGCACUCACAGGAUAUAAAGUUUGCCCCUUUUGCAAAGAAGAAGUAUAUUCUAUCCGUGAUGACCCAGAAAGGAAAAACCAAAGAAGAUUUUUAAAACAUUGUGAGAAAUGUAAAGAAAAUAAUGGAAGAUUAAUUCAAGACGUUCAAUUGCAAAACACACAACAACCAUAUGCACCACAUAUCACGAAACAGAAGAUAUAUCAAUGGCUAUUAGCUCACAAUUUGCAGGAAUAUUAUAAACCAACAAGAUAUUAUAUUACUUUUGACUUCGAAACAUUAGAGACUAAAGAAGAACUUCAACUUUCUGAAUGUGCAACUUUGAACGCUUACUUAAAACCAUUUAUGGUAUCAUCAACUGUCAAAAUAAAGCCGCAAACGGACUCUUUGAGUCCUGAAGGUCUUUCAGACCGAAGCGGCGAGGUCGUAGACCGUGAUAAAACAUUUACGAGGAAUUUUUGCUUAACAUCAAGUGAUUCGUUCAUCUCUGAUUGGAUUGAAUUUUUAUUUUCAACCUGUUCAUUAGUUGCUAAAUCAAAUAUUGAACAAUAUGAAGAAUUAAUGAAGCCGCAAACGGACCAAACGGCGGGGACUUUGUCCCAUACAUUAAAUGAAAAACAGAAGGAAGCAUUUAAAGAACUUCUAGAUGAGGAAUUCAAUAAAGUGAAUAUCAUAGGUUUUAAUUCGGGAAAGUUUGAUUUAAAUUUAAUUCUUCGUGAUUUAAACACUGCAAAAUGGAAAAUAAAAUCAAUGCUGGGUUCUUCUUCUCAAUUUAAGCAAAUCAUUGUAAAGAAAACAAACUGUCCAUAUGAAUUAAGAUUUAUUGACAUCAGAAAUUAUAUAGCGGGUGGAACAUUAGACCAAUUCACUCAAGAUUUCGGAAACAAUAAAUCACGUGUUAAAUCCUUUUUCCCUUAUCAAUUCAUCACAUGGGAGAAUUACGAAGAUGAAUUAUAUAAAGUGGAACCAUUCACUCAAGAUUCAUUUUAUUCAGCAUUAACUCAAGAAACAAUAUCCGAUUCAGAUUAUCAAAUAUAUCUCAAUGAUGCUAAAAAUUUUGAGAAUAGAUUAGAAUAUUUUAUUCAUUAUUGCAAUAAAGACGUUGAAAUUAUGAUUGA